UCCAGUCGACAUUGAAGAACAGACCUGAUCACCAAAAAAUUGUGUUAGAAUUACUUAGUAAACGAAUGAACAUUCAGAAUGAAGAAAAAGCUAAUGUUAUUGGUAUGCUACGUGUUAUUGGAAAUCUCAGAACACGCGCAAUCGGUCGAGCUUGAGUGCGAGAAGGAAGGUUUCGCUGUAGUGGAAUCGGAGAAUUGUGGCGUUUACUACUAUUGUGUCAAAAGUGCAAACGAUGAGUUCUAUGCUGUCAAGUUUGAAUGCCCACUGGGUGAAGGGUUUUCCCUGCUAAAACUGAAGUGUAUUCCAGAAGACAAUAACGAUUGUGGAAAACUUCCAGACACACCCAUUGAUGACCCAAUACUAUCUGGUGACUUUGUAUGUCCAUCAUCAGGACACUUUCCUGAUGUCGAAUCACCUGACUGUAAAUCGUACUAUAUGUGUAGUAAUGUUCUGUUACCCGUAUUAAACAACUGUCCUUCAACGACCAUAUUUUCUUGGGUGUCCAUGAAGUGUGUGUUGCCAACCACUUUUACGUGCCCCAAUGCAAUAACUACCACAACUGAAGCUACUACGAUACCAACUGAAGAGAAUACCGGUCCUGACAGUUUUGUGUGUAUUACUGAAGGACGUUUUUCAGACCCUCAAUCUGUUGAUUGCACAAGAUAUUACCUAUGCGUAACUACAAUCGACGGAAACAUUGACGCAAUUUUGUAUCAAUGCGCUUUAGAUACAGUAUUUUCACCAGAAACCCAGAAGUGCGUCAUGUCAAACCAAUAUGAGUGCCCUGCGACCACAUCUUCGGCAGAACCUUCAACGAUCGAGGCAGCUACUUCCACAACGACCGAAGAAUCAACUUCAGAAACCAGGGAACCAAACGCAUUCGUGUGUACUGAUAUUGGACGCGUUCCUGAUCCAGCUUCAACCGAUUGCACGACAUACUACCUGUGCACGAUCAGUAUAUACGGAAUAUAUGAAGCUAUCCUGUACCAGUGUCCAUCGAAUACUAUCUUUUCACCAGUAGAUCAGAAAUGUUUGGCGACGGGUUAUCAGUGUUCAGCGGGCACUACUGCGAUGACAGAUAUGCCUGCGACUAUUGAAAGCACUAUUUCAUAUACUACAGACAUUGAAGUUACUACCCAGAAUUCUUCGACUAGUGAGACGACUGUAACUGUUGAGAUUACCACGACAACCGAUACAGAGAAUCAGUCCACUGUUUCGGAAAGUACCAGCGCAUCCACCACAGACCAUAACGCUGUAACAACCCUAUAUCCAUCAUCAUUCAUUUGCACCAGCUAUGGACGUUUUUCUGAUCCAGAAUCUACCGAUUGUAAGGGUUACUAUCUAUGUACCGAGAAUACUGAUGGAUUUUUCAAAGCGACGCUAAAUCAGUGUCCUUCGGUUACCAUCUUCACCCCUGAGAAAGGAAAAUGUGUUCAGCCGACAGAUUAUCAAUGCCCUAUGGUGGAAACUACUACCCCGGAUCCCACAAAGGAGUCUUCCACGGUCGAAACAACAGUUUCGUCAUCAGAAACACCUAUAGUCACUACACCAGAACCAUCAUCCACUGUGCUUACUACAGAUUACACGUUUCCGUCACCUGCCAUAACAACCACAAACGAACCAUCCACUUCAGAAACAGAUGAGCCCACUCGGGAACCUCCUGGUGAAUCGUUUGCUUGCCCUGACUACGGACGUUUUCCCGAUCCAGAGUCUACCGAUUGCAAGGGUUACUAUCUAUGUACCGAGAAUACUGAUGGAUUUUUCAAAGCGACGCUAAAUCAGUGUCCUUCGGUUACCAUCUUCACUCCUGAAAAAGGAAAAUGUGUUCAGCCGACAGAUUAUCAGUGCCCUAUGGUGGAAACUACUACACCGGAUCCCACAAAGGAGUCUUCCACGGUCGAAACAACAGUUUCGUCAUCAGAAACACCUAUAGUCACUACACCAGAACCAUCAUCCACUGUGCUUACUACAGACUACACGAUUCCGUCACCUGCCAUAACAACCACAAACGAACCAUCCACUUCAGAAACAGAUGAGCCCACUCGGGAACCUCCUGGUGAAUCAUUUGCUUGCCCUAACUACGGACGUUUUCCCGAUCCAGAGUCUACCGAUUGCAAGGGUUACUAUCUAUGUACCGAGAAUACUGAUGGAUUUUUCAAAGCGACGCUAAAUCAGUGUCCUUCGGUUACCAUCUUCACUCCUGAAAAAGGAAAAUGUGUUCAGCCGACAGAUUAUCAGUGCCCUAUGGUGGAAACUACUACACCGGAUCCCACAAAGGAGUCUUCCACGGUCAAAACAACAGUUUCGUCAUCAGAAACACCUAUAGUCACUACACCAGAACCAUCAUCCACUGUGCUUACUACAGACUACACGAUUCCGUCACCUGCCAUAACAACCACAAACGAACCAUCCACUUCAGAAACAGAUGAGCCCACUCGGGAACCUCCUGGUGAAUCAUUUGCUUGCCCUGACUACGGACGUUUUCCCGAUCCAGAGUCUACCGAUUGCAAGGGUUACUAUCUAUGUACCGAGAAUACUGAUGGAUUUUUCAAAGCGACGCUAAAUCAGUGUCCUUCGGUUACCAUCUUCACUCCUGAAAAAGGAAAAUGUGUUCAGCCGACAGAUUAUCAGUGCCCUAUGGUGGAAACUACUACACCGGAUCCCACAAAGGAGUCUUCCACGGUCGAAACAACAGUUUCGUCAUCAGAAACACCUAUAGUCACUACACCAGAACCAUCAUCCACUGUGCUUACUACAGACUACACGAUUCCGUCACCUGCCAUAACAACCACAAACGAACCAUCCACUUCAGAAACAGAUGAGCCCACUCGGGAACCUCCUGGUGAAUCAUUUGCUUGCCCUGACUACGGACGUUUUCCCGAUCCAGAGUCUACCGAUUGCAAGGGUUACUAUCUAUGUACCGAGAAUACUGAUGGAUUUUUCAAAGCGACGCUAAAUCAGUGUCCUUCGGUUACCAUCUUCACUCCUGAAAAAGGAAAAUGUGUUCAGCCGACAGAUUAUCAGUGCCCUAUGGUGGAAACUACUACACCGGAUCCCACAAAGGAGUCUUCCACGGUCGAAACAACAGUUUCGUCAUCAGAAACACCUAUAGUCACUACACCAGAACCAUCAUCCACUGUGCUUACUACAGACUACACGAUUCCGUCACCUGCCAUAACAACCACAAACGAACCAUCCACUUCAGAAACAGAUGAGCCCACUCGGGAACCUCCUGGUGAAUCAUUUGCUUGCCCUGACUACGGACGUUUUCCCGAUCCAGAGUCUACCGAUUGCAAGGGUUACUAUCUAUGUACCGAGAAUACUGAUGGAUUUUUCAAAGCGACGCUAAAUCAGUGUCCUUCGGUUACCAUCUUCACUCCUGAAAAAGGUAAAUGUGUUCAGCCGACAGAUUAUCAGUGCCCUAUGGUGGAAACUACUACACCGGAUCCCACAAAGGAGUCUUCCACGGUCAAAACAACAGUUUCGUCAUCAGAAACACCUAUAGUCACUACACCAGAACCAUCAUCCACUGUGCUUACUACAGACUACACGAUUCCGUCACCUGCCAUAACAACCACAAACGAACCAUCCACUUCAGAAACAGAUGAGCCCACUCGGGAACCUCCUGGUGAAUCAUUUGCUUGCCCUGACUACGGACGUUUUCCCGAUCCAGAGUCUACCGAUUGCAAGGGUUACUAUCUAUGUACCGAGAAUACUGAUGGAUUUUUCAAAGCGACGCUAAAUCAGUGUCCUUCGGUUACCAUCUUCACUCCUGAAAAAGGAAAAUGUGUUCAGCCGACAGAUUAUCAGUGCCCUAUGGUGGAAACUACUACACCGGAUCCCACAAAGGAGUCUUCCACGGUCGAAACAACAGUUUCGUCAUCAGAAACACCUAUAGUCACUACACCAGAACCAUCAUCCACUGUGCUUACUACAGACUACACGAUUCCGUCACCUGCCAUAACAACCACAAACGAACCAUCCACUUCAGAAACAGAUGAGCCCACUCGGGAACCUCCUGGUGAAUCAUUUGCUUGCCCUGACUACGGACGUUUUCCCGAUCCAGAGUCUACCAAUUGCAAGGGUUACUAUCUAUGUACCGAGAAUACUGAUGGAUUUUUCAAAGCGACGCUAAAUCAGUGUCCUUCGGUUACCAUCUUCACCCCUGAAAAAGGGAAAUGUGUUCAGCCGACAGAUUAUCAGUGCCCUAUGGUGGAAACUACUACACCGGAUCCCACAAAGGAGUCUUCCACAGUCGAAACAACAGUUUCGUCAUCAGAAACACCUAUAGUCACUACACCAGAACCAUCAACCCCAGUGCUGACAACACAAACACCGCCAACAAGUGAAUCGUUCGUCUGUACCGCUGUUGGGCGUUUCCCUGACCCUAUGUCUACUGACUGCAAAGGCUACUAUCUAUGUUCAACCACCGUGGCUGGAGUCUACGAAACCGUGCAAACUCAGUGUCCAUCUAUCACUAUAUUCUCAGCGGAGCAAAAUCGAUGCGUUAUCAUGUCACAAUACCAAUGUCCAACGGCAACCACUACGUCCACUGUCGAGCCUACAACACAAGAGACAACUUUCACAACUCCAUCAAUAGCAACUAGUCCUGGUAUUUUUAGUUGCACAAGCAUUGGUCGUCAUCCUGACCCAUCACAACCGGAUUGCUCAAAGUACAAAUACUGCCUUCUGACGGCUACUAACGAGUUUUUAGAGUACACCUUCAACUGCCCUUCAGGAUCCUAUUUCAAUCCUCUAGAACUUCGUUGUUCAAUUGGUUAUAGCUGUCCGGCUCUAUCUCCCACAGUCAUAUCAGAAGGUACAACGGAGCUGUCACUCAUGACGACGCCAUUCUAUUGUACUUCCGAUGGACGGUUUCCCGAUCCAACAUCCGAAGGUUGUGACACUUACAUAAUGUGUCUGAAGACGACCGUUGGUAAUUUUCAGAACUACAACUUCAAAUGCCCGAGUGGAUCACUAUUCAGUCCAGCUGAAGCGAAAUGCUCAACUAGCUACUUAUGUAUCUGAAUGAAAA